AUGCAGACUGUUUCAUCGCUGGCCCCGUCGGCGGCUGCUAUUGGUGGCGUGCAGCGGCCGGCACCUGUGGCAGUCUGUCGAGUGUGGCAACAGCAUGGCAGCAGCAGCAGCAGAAGCAGCAGCAGCAAUAGCAGCAGUCCCAUGAGUGCCAGCACCAGCUUUGGCACCAGCAGCAGCAGGCCUGUUAAUGGGUGUAGCAGCACCUGUGGCGGCGGCACCUGGGUCACGCCCAGCUCCCCCAUCCACUCCCGCAGCCACGCCCCCGCCGCGCUUCCGCCAGCAGCAUCAGCCUCCCAGCAGCAGCACAGCGCCCAUCUAACAGGGCAGCAACAGCAGCCACGGCGGCGGCGGCGGCGCGGCGAGGACGCCGUCGCGCGCGCGACGUUUGCUGCCAACGCCGGGGACGACGACGCGCUGGACCGGUCGGGUUUCGUGGAGGGCAUCACCGGCUGGCGGCGCCGCUGGACUGUCGUGCUGCUCUGCUUCGUCGCUUUCAUGCUGUGCAACAUGGACCGCGUCAACAUGAGCGUGGCCAUCCUGCCAAUGUCGCAGCAGUACGAGUGGAGCAGCAAGACCGUGGGGCUGGUGCAGUCGUCAUUCUUCUGGGGCUACCUGCUGACGCAGGUGCUGGGCGGCAUAUGGGCGGACAGGUUUGGCGGUAAGCUGGUGCUGGGCAUCGGCGUCUUGUGGUGGAGCCUGGCGACGGCGCUGACGCCUGUCGCCGCGUCCUUGGGGCUGCCGGCGCUGCUGGUGGCGCGGUGCCUGAUGGGCAUCGGGGAGGGCGUGGCCAUGCCGGCGAUGAACAACAUGCUGUCAAAGUGGGUCCCUGUCCCGGAGCGCAGCCGCAGCCUGGCGCUGGUGUACACGGGCAUGUUUGUCGGCUCCAUCCUCGGCCUCGGGCUGUCCCCGCACAUGAUUGCGGCCCUGGGGUGGCCCAGCGUCUUCUACAUUUUCGGCAGCUUUGGGAUCGUGUGGUUUGGCGUGUGGCGCGUGCUGGCGGCGAGCACGCCCCGCGACGACCCCGACAUUUCAAAGGAGGAGAAGACCUACAUCCUGGCCAACACCAGCAGCGGCUCCAAGCCGCGCAGCAUCCCCUGGGGCAAGCUGCUGUCGCGCAAGGAGGUGUGGGCCAUCAUCGUCUGCCACUUCUGCCACAACUGGGGCGUGUUCAUCCUGCUCACGUGGAUGCCGACGUACUACAACCAGGUGCUGGGUCUUGACAUCAUGUCGUCCGGCCUCUUCUCGGUGCUGCCCUGGGUCACGAUGUCCGUCACGGCCAACUUCGGCGGCUGGCUCGCCGACACGAUGGUGUCGCGCGGCGUGGCGGUCACCACGGUCCGGAAGGUCAUGCAGUCGGUCGGCUUCCUGGGGCCGGCGUUCUUCCUGUCGCAGCUGAACCACGUCACGUCUGCGGCCGGCGCCGUCGCCUGCAUGAUGGGCGCGCAGGGCCUCGACGCGUUCAGCCAGAGCGGGCUGUACUCCAACCACCAGGAUAUCGGGCCGAAGUACGCGGGCGUGCUGCUCGGGCUCAGCAACACGGCGGGCGUGCUCGCGGGCGUGCUGGGGUCGCUAGCGACCGGCCAUAUCCUCGCGCACGGCACGUGGAGCGACGUCUGGAACGUCGCGAUCGCGCUGUACCUGGUGGGCAUGGUGAUCUGGAACCUCUUCUCGACGGGCGAGCGCAUCUUUGACUAA